CUUUUGGCCGGUGGUGAUUCUACCCGCAUGGGCUCUCCCAAGCAUCUCCUCCCAGACGCCGACGGGACCCCGUUCUACCUCGGGCGGCUGAAAAUGCUUCGCCAGAGCUUCCCUGAGGCCCAGCACCUUUGUUUGCUUCUUCGCGAUGAUUCCCAGCGGCCUUCUAUCUGCAUCCCUCCGGACAUGGACGUUCACGUGCUUUCGGUAGACGCCUCUGGGCGGGCAUCACGCCAGAGAGGACCUGCGCUGACCAUCUUUGCGGCCUUCAGUUUUGAUCAGAGAUGCUGCUGGUUGGUCAUCCCGUGCGACUAUCCGUUCCUAGCAGCCCCGGAAUUGAGGCAUCUGCGUGCUCAAUAUAGGGAUCCAGUCACGUGUUUCAAGAACAGCCAGGGUUUAACAGAGCCCUUGGUGGCCAUGUGGAGCCCCAAAGCUCUUUCGCAUCUC